UAGAACAGCUUGGAGGCGCCAAAAAAUUUCUUUCGUUCUACCAAUUAAUUACGCCGUUACAUAUUCUGUCUACCUGGCUUUUGGCACAACGGGGUUCCUUUAUCUUUUAUGGUAUGUAGUCGGGUGCUUUCUGAAUGACCAGAUUAUUCGUUCCCACGCUAAACGCCUCUGCUUCUAACCUUGUAAAAAGUCUCUGUUUUGUUGAAAGUGGAAAAAAGUGAUCUGGUUCAGUUAAGUUUAGCGACAUUUUGUUGCGUUUUGGGAUAGAAAUGGCUCGUAUGUCUCAGGGAGGAGCUGAUAUGGAUUUCGGUGAUGUUAGUAACGAGAAUAUGAACUCGCUCUCUGUACCAGAGCUGAUCGCGUCGUUGAAAUCGGCUUUCCAGAGUAAGUACUUCUCAGAAGUGGAAGCAACUCUGGUUUCUAGAGAAGAGAAAUUGAAACGCGAAAUCGAAGCCAAGGUACAAGAGAUCGAUUUGCUUAAGAAAAAGAAUGAACUGCUGGAAGAAAAAUGUGCAAUUGAAACAUUUGCCAAACUAAAGGCCGAGAAGGAACUUGAGGAGUGCAGGAGAGAUUGCUUUAAGCUGAAGGAGUUGAAUUCUCGUAUGACUGAGGAGCAAAAUGAGUUUAACGAUAUAUUAAAUGGUAUUGUGGAGGAUAAAAACAUUAUUAUUGAGCUCAAGAGAAAAAACUGUGAGUUGGAAUGUGCGAAAUUGAGAGCUGAGACCGAAAUCGAAGUUUAUAAGAAGAAAUUCGAGGAGUUAGAGACUCAUGUUUUUCGGUUAGAGAAAUCUUGGAUGCCGUUGAAUGGUGUCGAACCAUUGGGUUCAACUAGUGAUAGGGUUUCUGGGGACAUUUUGAGAGACAAGGGUUUUAGUGAAGAUCAGAAAAGUUAUGAGAAAGAUAAGAAUGUGGAUGCUAAUGAUAAUAUGCAUUUGGACUUGGAGGCAGAUGGCAGUCCUUGUUCUCGGGUACUCAAGGAUGGAAGUGGAGAUAUGGAUAUUGCAGGGGAGAAAAAGAUGAGUGACAGUGAGGAAGUUGAGAGUGGACCAAAUGUUGGGAAGAAAUGUGAAAUGCUUGUGAAACAAUUGCAUGAGAUUGGCCGUGGUGUGAAUGUCGAUUUGGGGAAAAAUGCUGGCCCUAGUUGUUGCCCAGUGAAGGAUGUAGAUAUAAUUAUGGAUACUGCAGCGGCAGAAGAGAAGAGGGUGAGCCAAAAUGGGGAAGUUGAAAAUAGAAUAGAUGUUGAAGUUAAAAGUGAAAAGAUUGUGAUAAAUGAUUCAGAACCAAAUGAAGGUCCUGGAAGUAGCAAUAGGACAGAUACUUAUAGAGGCAGUGGGACACAUUUAAUAGUUGAGAUAGAUAGUGAUGAUAAUUCUGCUCCACCUGAAACUUCAACUGUAAGAGAGAUGGCUACCCCAGUAUCAGCGGACAAUGUGCAUUCAAGGCAAGCAGUUAUUAAAAAUUGUACUAAAGAAGUGCUGAAAAGAAAAAGGGAUUUAUGUCAGAAGCGUGACCUUUUUCUAAACGAGGGAGACAGUUCCAGUUCCAGUUCUAGUUCCUCUUACUCGGAAGAUGAACUGGAUUUGUCAGUUGAUUAUCUUAGCAUGAUUAGGAGUUUUCAAUAAGGGCAUGUAAAUAGAGCCCACAAGAAGUGGGAGACUGAAUCACAAAUGAUUGAUGAAUUUUGCAAAAAUGGGGAGCUUUGCAUGGAGGCUGUUUGUGCUCUGUACAGGCAACAAAUGCAAACCUCUGCGAGAAAAUCAUUUUUUGGAUCUUCAACUUUUCAGAAUCACAUUUUUAACAAAUUAGCUGAAACAAGUGUACAUUUAUCCAGGUGUAUUACUCUGGCAGAGUUUCUCAUUGAUGGUGAUCCACAAGGGAAACUGAAGAAAUCAAAAGAAGAGUUGAUGUCACAUGACCCAGAGGGGCUUGAUGACUGCUUAAGAAUUGCCACAGAGCAGUCUCAUCAGUUGUUUGAGAUAUACCAGAAGCAAGAAGAUCCUCUAUUCUUGAACUGAAAGUAAUUUUAUUGUUGUUAGAAGUUAGUUUUUGAUCCAAGAACCCAAUAGGAUUUUGAUCUUUUGGGUUUAUUGACAUUCUACCCUUGACCUACAGGUUUAGUAGUGUAAAUAAUCACUCAGUUGUCGAAAUACAUACUUUCAGCUUCUCUGCUCCACCUGAGAGAAUUAGAAAGCAGAAUUAAGGGAUGCAAUUAUAGGUUAUAUACUUAAAUUUUGAUUUUGUGAA